CUCAACUCAUGCAACGCAUGGCAUCGCAAGCUGCAAACGACCAGCAUGGCAACCUGGACAAUGCUGGUACACAUUCAUUGCGGAAGGGAGGAAUCACCCAUUUGCUGGGUAUGAUGGAUGGUCCCGGAGCUCCAACAGUGUAUAUCCGAGCCAACUGGAAGAUAGGAGAGACGCAGGAUCGCUAUAUCCUUGGUGGAACGGGUGGAGACCAGUUCGCAGGCAGGAUUCUUGCUGGCAACGACAGCGGAACGGCAGACUUUGCUGUACUUCCACCCCACUUCACAACGGAAGGAUUGAAGCAAAUAGAAGAGAUCGGAUGGGAGAGGUUCAUAUCAGGUUACGGCAGUUUCCCGGCAGGAUUUCAAAAGUGUAUCCGCUUCUUCCUUGCAAGUAUCUUAUGGCACCUUCCAACUCUACAGGAAUGGUUUCCGCACAGCAACGAUGACAUAUGGGGCAUGCCGAUGUUCGGAAUGUUUGGACAAGGCAGUAUGGCAAGGCUGAUGUCCUUGCGAGAGCAUAUCAUCGUGUCUUCGCACAGGUGUACCGAUUGCGGCAUGUCAGCUAGUGGUACUCCAACCAAGACAGAAAUAUUGAAAGGCAUGAAAGAGAUGAGGGUUGAAGUGCGAGAUGCCAUCAAGGAGGAGAUGAAGGUAAUCGAGGAGAAGAUGGAUGAGAAGAUGAAGGUAAUGGAGGGGAA